AUGGCUACGUUUUCUUGCCUUCCCUUUGCCUUCUUUCUCAUCCUUAUUCUUUUCACUUUUUCCAUUCAAACAGCAAAUGGUGGCAAGGAAGGAUCACUUCGCCUCCAAGAUUGUCCCAAAGCAUGCGAGUAUAGGUGUUCGAAAACACAUCAUAGGAAGCCAUGCGUGUUCUUCUGCAAUUACUGCUGCCAGAGGUGUUUGUGUGUUCCUUCGGGAUUUUAUGGGAAUAGGGAGGAAUGCCCAUGCUACAACAACAUCAAAACUAAGGAAGGCAAAAACAAAUGUCCUUGAUUUUGUUUUAUCAAAGAUGUUUGAAUAAAUUAGAUGGCGAAUUAACUUGGAGAUCUU